CGUGUGCGUGUGCGUGUGCGUGUGUGUGUGUCCUGUUUUUUUUAUUUUUUUGUAUUUUGUCUUUAAUAAAACCGAUUAAAAAGAAAACGGAAGUACACUUGGUGAGCAGCCUGGGGGAGGAACAGACGGAGGAGGACGACAGUUCUAGCCGGACACAGAUUCGAUGACACUGCAGCGUCCGGCAGCAAAACAAACCCGACCAGACUGGACACUUUGUGAAUGAAUGAGCCCCGAACCUGUCUGUUAUCACGCAGGCUAACAAGCUAAUAAGCUAACAAGCUAACAGAGUCAUUAGAACACAAGGUAACACGCUAACCGGCUAAUAGGCUAGCAGGCUAACAGUUAGCAGCGUCCUUCGCUGCGUCUCAGCAGCAGAAAACACAGUCCGGAUCCAGCAGAGGACUGCACCUCUGAUCCGGACCAGGCAGCAUGCAGGCGGAGUUUCGGGCUCCGCGGAGACGCACGCGGGUGCAGGAGGAGUACGAGGCUCCGCUACCGAUGAGCCGCAGCCUGGAGGAGGCGAGCCACUUCCGGGCGGAGCUCAUCAACCAACACGUGCUGGUCUGUCACCCGGACCACAUCCAGAAGAUCCACAACCAGACCGUCAGUCUGUCUCCUCCGUCAGCAAGAUGGGUGAAGGUGGGCGGAGUUUUUGCUGCUCACAGACUUCCUGUUUCUGUUCUCAGGUUGAACCCACGAGACCUGAACCUGGACCACAGUACAGAUCCCAGCUCAGACCAGGACCUUGAUACUGAUCCUGACUCUGGCCCUGACUCUGACUCUGAUCUUGGUCCUGGUCCUGACUCUGAUCCUGGUCCUGACUCUGACUCUGAUCCUGGUCCUGGUCCUGGUCCUGGUCAUGGUCCUGGCUCUGAUCCUGGUCCUUUGGUUCCAGGUCCUGGUUUUGUCCUGGUGGUCUCUGACAGUGAGGUGUGCGGGGAGGUCCGACAGGUGCGGCAGUCUCCUGUCUCCGUCUCAGAGUACCUGCAGCUCAGUCUGGAGGAGGCCUUCUUCCUGGUCUACAGUUUGGGCUGUCUGUCUGUCUACCUGCACCAGGAGCCGCUGUCAGUCCUCCAGCUGUGGAGGAAGUUCCGUUCCCUGCGGCCCGACUUUGUCAGCUCGUUCUCAGCCUAUCAGCACUGUCGAAGCAGGGGGUGGAUCCCAAAAGGAGGGGGUGGGGCCAAGUAUGGCGUCGACUUCAUGUUGUACAGGAAGGGACCGCCUUUCUACCACGCCAGUUAUUCAGUGGUAGUUGAACGGGUUGAUGAUGCGUUCAGAGGCUCUGCGUUGCGUCCGUUUUCGUGGCGUUCUCUAGCGGCUCUCAGCAGGAUCACCUCCAACGUCUCCAAGGAGCUGAUGUUGUGUUACAUCAUCUAUCCAGCCGACCAAUCAGAAGCCGAGCUAGACUCACCUGUCUGUCUGAGCAGGCUGAAGGUUCAGGAAGUGAUCGUUAGCAGGUGGGUUUCCUCCAGAGAGCGAGCUGAGCAGGAAGACUUCUGAUUGGCUGACAGGAGACUGGAAACUGGAAACUGAUGAUGUCACAGAGUGAUAUCACAGAGUGAUGUCACAGAGACUCAACCAUUGUCAAUUGAAGAGUCAGAAACAUUCAACCUUUAUUUAAAUGUGAAUCAUUGACAGUGAUGAACGACUAGUUCUGAUGACAUCACACACUUCCUGCAAAACGUGACAUCACAGACUUCCUGCAGGACAACAAGA